UGAAUGGAACGAUGGAAAGAUGGAAAAGAUGGAAAGAAGUAAACCUUGCUGGUUGGAGUAGGAAAGUAAAGCAAUAAUCAAGUGGGAAGGACAAUGCCAGGAGAUCGCUAAACUCGUGACUUGACAAACUGCUUGCGGCGGAGCUCCUUGAUAGUUGAUCUACUCCGUACUCUUUGGCCACUACACACCACCACAAACGCUAAUCUUCCUUCCUCCUUCGUCCUUCCUACGACUACGUAUGCUGCACGGCGUUCCUACUCCAACUCCGUACACAUACUCCUCCUGCGCCUCUUUCCAUCCCGCAGCCUCCCCGUUUUUGCUGCCCAUGGAAGCGCUCUUUGCCCAAUAGCCUGAUUGUCCACAGGCCUCGAAUCUAGGAGUUAGGCCCUACCCUCGCACUUGGAUUUCCUGCUCUCAGCUGCUCUCUUUCACCCGCCCCCGGACAACCCUCCUGGCUCACUCAUGCAAAUCACGACGGGCUCGUGAAUUUGCUGCUCGCGUGAAUCGCGCUCGGUUCGACCCAACCCUUCAUCAUGUCCGACCCGCGUCAAGGGGCCGACGAGCCGGCUCAGUCGCCCACAACACCUCUACGGAGGGAGCGCGCGCCCACCAUCACCAUCGAUACCUCGGCGGUGAGCUCUCCCAAUACGAACGAGCCCCCGGUGCAGAUACUCUCGGACCCCCAGCAACCAUCGCUCCGGCUGAACACCGACACGAUUGAGUCCUCCGACGCUGGCGCGCAUCACAAUGGCUCCGGUUCCCCCACGGACAUGCGUUCCCCGGCCUCCCUGCGCUCCAAUGCCUCCUCCGAAGCUCGGGACCGCGAACGAGACCGUGAAAGCCGGCCAACCUCGCCUCAUAACAUUUCAUCUCCGAAGACCAAGGUCCCCGAGGCGCAUUCCCAUUUCCUAUCGGUGCCCGGCACGCGAUCCCGCGGAAAUUCGUUGGAGUCCGAAGACACCAGUCAAACCUCUAGCACCUAUGGUGGCGAGACAUACGUGCCAACUGCCUCGCACGGAUCCCAAUCUGACACGGCGAAGAUCACCAACGUCGACGAAGAGGAUGCCCUUACUCCGGACCCGGGCCGUGAAGAUGAAUUCGAGGUGGAAAAUAACGUGUUCGCCUUUUCCCCGGGUCAGCUCAACAAGCUCUUCAAUCCCAAAAGCUUUGGCGCAUUCCGACAACUCGGCGGACUACGAGGACUGGAAAAGGGCCUGCGGACCGAUAUUCGGAGUGGACUGAGCGUGGACGAGACCACACUAGAUGGUGUGGUCGAGUUUAGCGAUGUCACCUCCUCAGACUCGAUGCCCAAAUCAGUUUCGCCAAAGGCACCAAAUCCCCCAACUCCCCAAGGAGGUGCGGCUGCUGCAUCUGAAGCCGACGGGUCAUUCGUGGACCGAAAGCGGAUCUAUGGCAAGAACCAGCUGCCAGAAAGGAAGCUCAAAACCAUCUGGGAACUGGCUUGGAUUGCGUACAACGACAAAGUGCUGAUUCUGCUGACGAUUGCCGCGGUCAUCUCCCUGGCAGUCGGUAUCCCGCAGUCACUCCAUCCAGCGAAACCUGGUGAGCCGGGUGUGGAAUGGGUGGAAGGUCUUGCCAUUCUUGUCGCUAUUAUCAUUGUGGUUGCGGUUGGUGCUGCGAACGAUUGGCAGAAGGAACGUCAAUUUGCAAAAUUGAAUAAGAAAAAGGAAAACAGAUUGGUCCAGGUUAUUCGAUCCGGCAAGACCAUUGAGAUUUCGAUUCACGAUGUGCUCGUCGGUGAUGUGAUGCACCUCGAACCUGGUGACCUUGUGCCUGUCGAUGGUAUACUGAUCGCAGGCCACGAUGUGAAAUGCGACGAAUCCUCGGCCACCGGCGAAUCUGAUCUUUUACGAAAGACUGCCGGUGACGAAGUCUACCGAGCAAUUGAAAGACACGAAGAUCUCCGCAAAAUGGACCCGUUUAUCGUCUCUGGCGCCAAGGUCUCCGAGGGUGUGGGAACGUUCCUCGUUACUGCUGUCGGUGUCCAUGCAACUCACGGUCGCACCAUGAUGUCUCUUCAGGAGGAAGGUGAAACGACUCCUCUUCAAACCAAGUUGAAUAAGCUGGCCGAGUACAUUGCCAAGCUUGGUCUGGCCUCGGGUCUUCUACUUUUCGUCGUUCUUUUUAUCAAGUUCCUCGUUCGACUCAAGAACAUCGAAGGCGGUGCCGAUGCCAAGGGACAGGCGUUCCUUCAGAUCUUCAUUGUCGCCGUGACCAUUGUCGUCGUCGCUGUACCCGAGGGUCUACCGCUGGCAGUAACCCUUGCACUCGCCUUUGCAACUACACGAAUGAUUAAAGAUAAUAACCUGGUGCGUUUCCUCAAAGCGUGUGAGACCAUGGGUAAUGCGACAACCAUCUGCUCCGACAAGACUGGUACCCUCACUGUGAACAAAAUGAGCGUCGUAUCAGCGACCCUGGGAACGACUUCACGCUUCGGAGACAAGUCUGGCGCCGCCCAAUCCAACCAACCCGGUGAUAUUUCUGCUGCCGAGUUUGUGAAGACUCUGUCACCCUCUGUGAAGGACUUGUUAAUGCAAUCGAUUGUCCUCAACUCUACUGCAUUCGAGGGAGAGCAGGAAGGCGUGAAAACCUUCAUUGGCUCCAAGACCGAGACUGCCCUGCUUACCUUCGCACGCGAUUUCAUGGGCAUGGGACCCCCAGCAGAAGCUCGGGAAAGUGCAACGAUCUCGCAGAUGUUCCCGUUCGACUCGGCUCGCAAGUGCAUGGCAGUGGUCGUUCAACUGGAGAACGGAAAACACCGUAUGUUGGUCAAGGGUGCUGCUGAAAUCCUGAUGGCCAAGUCUACUCGAAUCAUUCGUGACCCCACCGACACCCUUACCGAGACACCUCUAACGGACGAGAACCGGUCUACGCUAGACAACAUCAUGACAACCUACGCCAACCGAUCGCUACGAUGCAUUGCUCUUGUUUACCGUGAUUUCGACCAGUGGCCCCCACGUGGAGCGCCCACUUCCGAAGAUGAUCGCACCCAGGCAACCUUUGAGCCCAUUUUCAAGGAUAUGACUAUCAUUGGCCUCGUCGGUAUUCAAGAUCCUCUUCGACCUGGUGUUGCAGAGGCGGUGCACACGUGUCAGCGUGCUGGUGUCUUUGUUCGCAUGGUCACCGGUGACAACAUCAUGACGGCCAAGGCUAUUGCCCAAGAGUGUGGUAUCUACACACCUGGUGGUAUUGCUAUCGAAGGCCCGAAGUUCCGCAAGCUGAGCACGCGUCAAAUGAACCAGAUCCUUCCUAGGUUGCAGGUGAUUGGCCGAUCUAGCCCUGAAGACAAGAAGAUCCUCGUGAACGCUCUGAAGAAGCUUGGCGAGACUGUUGCCGUCACUGGUGACGGUACCAACGACGCCCAGGCCUUGAAGAACGCGGAUGUCGGUUUUGCCAUGGGUGUCACCGGUACCGAGGUGGCCAAGGAAGCAUCGGAUAUCAUUCUGAUGGACGAUAACUUUGCCUCCAUCGUCAAGGCCAUGGCGUGGGGUCGUACUGUCAGCGAUGCGGUGAAGAAGUUCCUCCAAUUCCAGAUCACGGUCAACAUCACCGCUGUAAUCCUUACUUUUGUCUCGGCAGUUGCUAGCAGCUCGGAGGAUUCUGUCCUCAGUGCAGUGCAACUGCUUUGGGUUAACCUGAUCAUGGAUACCUUUGCGGCCCUUGCACUUGCAACAGACCCGCCGUCGCCCUACGUUCUCGACCGUCGACCGGAAUCCAAAGCUUCUCCGCUCAUCACUCUGACGAUGUGGAAGAUGAUCAUUGGACAGUCGAUCUACCAGCUGGUUGUGACACUCGUGCUCAACUUUGCCGGCAACUCUAUCUUCCCUUGGGACGCUGACCACAUGCAAACCGUGGUCUUCAACACUUUCGUUUUUAUGCAAAUCUUCAACCAGUACAACUCCCGUCGCAUUGACAAUAAGCUCAACAUCCUGGAGGGAAUUUGGCGCAAUAGAUGGUUUAUUGGUAUUCAGAUUAUUAUCAUCGGAGGCCAAGUUCUGAUCAUCUUCAUCGGUGGUGCCGCCUUCUCGGUGAAGCGUCUCAAUCAGGGCUCCCAGUGGGCCGUCAGCCUCGUCCUGGGUGCUCUCUCUUUACCCAUCGCCGUGGUUAUCCGUCUCAUUCCCGACGAAUUCGUUAGCAAGCUUAUUCCACACAGUUGGCAUGGUCGUCACCAAAAGAAGGGACCCGAGCUUGUGGUCUCGGACGAGGACCGCCGUUACGAUUGGAAUCCAGCCUUGGAGGAGAUUCGCGACCAGUUGCAGUUCAUCAAGACCGUCCGCGGUGGUCGCCUGCGACACAUCCGCCACAAGCUGCAGCACCCGCAAGAACUUUUGCCACGAUCUCGCAGCGGCUCUCGCUCUCGUGAAUCUUCCAUCCCACCCACACCCAAUGGUGACAGUGGAAGCCCACCUCCGGGUCCCUCCAGUCCCGAGACUCGCUCCCGUCGCAAUACCCGUUCGCGCUCGAACUCGACAUUCGGACCCGCUGCUGCUAUGGCCGGUGUCGUGGCUGGUAGUAUUGCCGGCUGGUCUCCCAUUGAGCGGAACCACGGUGAGGCCGACUCGAUCACCUUCCCUACCAAUGCCGUGCAUGGCGGUUUGGAUGGACAGCAGGGUAUCGAGAUUCACCCGGACACAGCGGCAGACGACCGUAUCGUCAGCGAGUACUCUACCAACACCAGGGACCCUCCUAGUCAAAAUCCGGACCUGAUCCCCUUCUUUGAACAUGCACCCCCAGCGACUGCUGAGCGAGCGCCAUCGAGCCGAGGUCGCCGGUCUUUUUCCCAGCGGUCUCAUACCAGUCAAAGUCAAUCACAGGUGUGAUACACAAAUCACCAUCAACUUGCAAUACCGCUCAUGAUAGUUUGAACUCCUCCACUUGAAAGAAAAGCAUUUCGAGGAACGGCGUUGUCGGAUUUCCUUCCUUGUUCCUGAUAUCCCGGGCUCUCCACACAUCAUUCUGGUUGCCCUCAUCUCUUUGUUUUUGGUCACAAUUGCCCUAUUUCCCAUCUCGGGUAUCCUUGUUUUUAAUUCCUUUUGUCAAAGCUCUCCUCGAUUUCGUGUGUCCCUUCUGUCGCUGUGUUUUCUGGGUUGUUUGGCGGAACCGGACUCGGCGGACUGUACUACUGUUGGGGACCUUGAAAUACCCUCCUCCAUAGACUAUCGCCCGUCUUUCUUUUGCAUGUGUGACCUGCUUUACAUUUUUAUGCGGGUGGGUGGUUGAGACCCUUUGUUAUUCUUUUGGGAAUAAUUUGGCGUUUUGGGGCUGGCCAUGGUCGAUGUCUCUAUUGUCUUGAUCUUAGCUCGCCUCGUGGCGUACUUUCUCGCUGGAUGGCGUGUACUUCCUAAAUGUCAUUCGUAAUCCUUUUAAUCCUUUCAUUUUGAUUCAAAAAUCA